AUGUUUCGUCAGUCUGCUAGAUCUGUUGUGAACUCUGCCAUAAGGUUCCCAUCUGUCAGAUUUAUUUCAGAUGUUUCUACUACUCCCAAGGAAACUUUUCUUUCAAAAGAGCUCGUCACAGGUGCUCCAAAAGAGCUCAGUACCCCAGAGAGAAGUGUUAGAAUCUUUCAAGAGUGUAAACCUGCUACUCAAUCAGGUCACAAUAACGGGAAAUUCUGGAAACUAGAUUGGGAUGUUUUAGGGAAAAGCAAUAGAUGGGAAAAUGAUUUGAUGGGAUAUCAAUCAACUGGAGACUACAUGCAAACAACAAGCUUAAAAUUCGAUACCAAAGAUGCUGCUAUCAGAUUUGCCGAAGGUCAAGGCUGGACAUAUUAUAUCCAAGAACCAAAAAAAAGACAUUUCAGAAAAAAAGUCUACGAUAAUAAUUUCUUGCAUUGUCCAGACAAAUUGAAACACAUUAGAACUAAAUACAGCGAGCUAAAUCAAAUCUAUAAUGAGCUAUUACAAUACAUUGACUAUUUGAAUAACAAUAACCACAGUUCUAUUCUUAAUCCAAAUCUUAAUCCAAAUAUUAAGUCUGUAGAUGAUUUGUUAAUUUUGUUUCAAAAUAGAUUCAACUUAACCAAUCCAAACACUUUAAAUAAUAAUAACCAUUGGAUUCAUUUCAAAAAUUUAUUGCAAUUAUUAAUUAAUUAUAAAAACUUAGACCAAAUUGAAAGUUAUUUAUCUUUAUUAGAUUCUUUUCAUGAUAUUCCAAAUAAUAAUAACAAUGUUAUCAAUAACUCAAAUGCUGAUAUUAAUCAUUUAUACAUGAACCCAAACCAAAAUUUUACUUCAUCUUCUCAAAUUCCAACUAGACAACUUCAACCAAAUCAAAUAAAUCAACAAAAUUAUAGAAAUUCAUUUCCAAUUUCAAGAAAUACAAGUAGAAGAGCUUCAAUCGAUCAAAGAGGGCCUAUAUCAAGAGGCAGCAUUGAUUUUGGCAAAAUCAAUAACAAUAAUAAUCAAUUUUUUACUAGAGAUCCCAGUCCUUUAAAUAAUCAAAGAACUGGCUUUUCAAAUUUCAAUUCAAAUUUAAAUUUAAACUCAAAUAUUAAUUUAAGUAAUUUAACUCUAUCUGAAAUUGCUUUAAAUUAUAUUAAAAAAGAGAAUCCAGAACUAAUUAAUGAAAAUGAAAUCAUAAAUCAUCUUUUAUUCAACUUACUUGGCUCCACUUCAGAAUUAUUUCCACUAACCAAAUUUAAAAAUUCUAUUAAUGACGAAUUUUUCUUUAAAAUUAAUAUACCAAAUUUUAUUAAUAAUUCAAAUAGUGGGCUUUUACAUAACAUUUUAGAAGUGGCUUUGAUUCAUUCAAUUUUAAACGAGUCAUUAAAAAUCAAUGAUAAUUUAAUUAACAGUUAUAAUUAUUCACAAAUUAAAAUGAGUUUUUAUUCUCAGUUAUCAAUUAUUUUAAAAAACUAUAUUAAAGUUAUAGAUGACUUGCAAAGAAAAAAUUCUGAUUUUAUUAAUAAUAACAACUCAAUCAAUUCAAAUAAUAAAUUAACUUUGAGAAAAAUAUAUUUAUUUUUAUUUGAUGAAAUUAUUAAAUUUCGAUUUUAUUUACAUUUAAAUGAAAAUUUAAAGCAAUUGAGAGAUUUUGAGUUCUUGAAUUUAAUUUAUAAUUAUACCAAAUUCAACGAUUACUUGAUCCAAAGGAUUUCGAUAGAUUUUUUUAAAGCAUGUUAUCAACCGUAUUUGAAAAUUAUAAUAAAUUGGGUAAUUAGUGGAGAGUUGGUUGAUAAAAAUAAUGAAUUUUUUAUUAAUUUUAUAGAUAUUUAUAAUGAUUUUAAGGAUGGCAAUAGUGUUUUUAAUAUUAGUAAUAUUAAUAAUAGCAUUAAUAUUAAUAAUGUGAUACUUGAUAAAAGUAAAGUACCAAAAGACAUUUUUUCUUUUGAAAUUUGUGAAAAGAUUUAUCAAAUCGGAAAGACGAUAAUUUUUUUAAAAAAGAAUUGUAAAGAGUUGGGAUAUUUGAAGCAAAUAAAUGAGAAAUAUUGCAGGGUCUAUCAACAGUUUUCUAAUGACAAUUUUGAGGUUAAUAAGAAUAAUAACAAUUUAAUGGAGUUUAAAAAAUUUCGAAAGAUUAUUGAAAUUGAGUACAAGGAGAUAUUAAACUAUUUCAAUUUGAUUAUAUUUAAAAAAUUUAAAAUGUUUGAGCAUAUUAAGAAUAUGAAAGAUUUUUUAUUUAUGGGAAAGGGAGAUUUUAUUAAUUUGUUGAUAGAGAAUUCUAUUGGAAUAUUGGAUGAAAGAUCGGAUCGGUUGAGGACGCAUCAAUUAACCAAGAUAUUGAAAAACUCAAUUAAUGAGUCAUCUAUCAAUAAGUAUGGUGAUGAGUAUUUGAAUCGGAUUGAUGCGCGAAUUAUUGAAUUGGAUAAUGGAAAUAAUAUUGGAUGGGAUGUGUUUACAUUGGAUUAUAGGAUAAAUGACAAUCCCAUUAGUUUGAUAUUAAACAGCGGGAAUAGUAAUUUAAAUUUACGGGAGUAUUUGAGAAUGUUUAAUUUUUUAUGGAAGUUGAAAAGAAUAGAUUAUUUGUUAAAUGAGAGUUGGGUUGAGAGCAAUUUGUUGAGAAAAAACCGAAUGUUUAAGCAUGUUGAGAGUUAUAUUUACAAGUUGAUUAAGAAUGGAAGUGAAAAUGGGGGGAUUUUAAAUAAAAACGAUAUGAAUAAAAAAUGGAUGGUUUUUAAGAAUAACAGGUUGAAUAUAAUGAAAAAUGAAGUUUUGAAGUUUUUGAAUAAAAUGAUAAAUUUUUUUCAGUUUAAUAUAAUAGAGGAUAAUUAUUAUAAAUUGAUUUGUUCAUUGGUUAAAAUUGGGGAAGGCAAUGGUGAUAAGAUUGGUAGUAGUAGUGGUGAAGGAAAGAAUUUGAUAAAGAGGUAUAAUCAAGUGAUUUUGCCCAAAAGGAAAUUUAUGGAAGAUAACAAAAGAGAGUUUGAAAAACAUGAAGACGAGAGAUUCGAUAAGUUCAAUUCGAUAAUUCGGAACAAGAGAAAUUACAUCAAGAUGCCUAAAGAAGAAAUGGAGGAGAAUUUGAUAAAGGAGAAUUCUAUUGACGAGUUGGAAAAAAUCUAUUCCAGGUACUUGAUAUCAAUAUCGCGAAAUAAAAUAUUGAGUAAAGAUUCGCUGGAAAGCAAAGUUGGGGAAGUGUCGAAGAAAUUGUUUAUAAAACAGUUCAACCAGUUGAUCAACUUGAUGUACCAGUUUAUAAACUGUUCGAAAGAGUUUAUUGAGUUGACGUUUGAGAUGAUCAAGUUGUUUGAGCUACAGUACGAAAAGGGGACGAGCGAGGGCGACGAAAUGGCGGAUAAGGAGGUGGAGGUGGAAUACAACACUAAUGGCGUUAAGCUCAACAACUACCACAGCAGCACCCAUUCCAACUUGACGUACCACCAUAGCUCUUAUCACUCAUCCUACUAUGAGCCCACUAACAAUCCUUACUUCUAUAACCAACACCAAAACCAGACCCAGACCCAGACCCACAGCCUAAAUCAAAACCUACUUCAGAAUCAGACCCAGCAACAGCAAGGUUACUAUCUCAAUGGCCAAUCUCCCUACUACAGUAGAAGAGCCGAUGUUUAUAUUCCCAGCUCCAGAAAGCAGCCCAAUUCCAGAAAGCCUGAUAUUUAUAUUCCUUCAUCCUCCAAAAACCUGUCCCAGCUGCUCAAACCACAACCAAACCAAUCUCCAUCUUCUUCCUCCAAAGACACCAACAUAUCACCCCAACAAAACGAGCUCUCUGCUAACUCGCCAAUUUUGCUCUCCUCGCCUGCUUCUACGCCUUUGAUAAAGGAUGACUCCAGUUCUCCACACUCAAACAUCACCACUGCUUCCUCUUCCACGACUGCAACUUCUCUGAUUCCCUCACUUUCAACAAAAUCCCUAUCCUCAUCCAAUAACGAUGCUAAUGCUUUUACUAGAACUGAUUCCAACUUUAAUUCUAAUUCUAUCGCUAUCUCUAAUGUCAACAACAACAACAACAACACUAAUACCAAUAUUACCACUGCUAAUUCUAAUCCUAAUUCUACCUCCACUCCCAAUUUUAAUUCCAACUCUAGCUCCAACUCUAGUUCCAACUCUUUGCUUUAUACCUCUUUUUCACACAAACUCACCAUCACAUCCUCAUCUCCUGCCACCCCCUUAUCAGUGACAUCGACUCCAUUCAGCCAUAAUUCAACCUCAAUCUCCAACACAUUGUCAAAAUCACAUUCCCACUCAAAUUCCCACUCAAAUUCCCACUCAAGAUCCCAUUCCCAAUCACAAUCCACUUCAAAUUCAAAUUAUAAUCAAAAUUCGAUCAAAAUUCCAAAAGCUCCAAAAGCAAUGCUGAACGGCAAUUUAAAACCUCAAGUUUUUAGAGUGGAGUUGAAAAAAAAGGAUUCCUCAACAAUUGAUUCAAAUUUUUAUAACGAUUCAAAUAUAACCGAUCAAUACCAUAGACAGGAUUUCAAUUUCAACCUCAUACACUCUCAAAAUAAUCUACCCAAUGAUAACAAAAAACUAAAAAAAAAUUAUAGAGUAACAUUCGAUCCAGAAAUCUACAAAGCUUCCACUUCUUCCCAAACAAAAGAUAUUUCCUCCAGAAAACUUAAACACAAAUACAUAUUCCAAGGUGACAUUAAACUGAAUGAAAGAAUUGAUCCAAGAAAAGACUUGAUUAAAAAAAAAAUCAGCGAAAACUCAAACACCAACGCCUACAUUAAACUAAUAACAAAAAAAUCAAAAAAAAAAAAUUAUUUCAAAUCCUUACAAUUUCCAAUCUAUAACUAUGACCCCAAAACUUCAAUCAACACUCCCCUUUCAAACCAUUUAGUCAUUUGGAACUUUCCUCACAAUUUUAAUCAAAACUUUCUAAGAAACACAUUUCUGAAAUUCGGUACUAUUAUUGAUUUUCAAACGGUAAAAGAUCCCAUUAGUGCCACUCCUGUCUCUGUUGCUCAUUUAAAGUUUGAUAAUGACAGUAAUAAAAAUUUCGUCAAAGGCUACAAAUCUUGCUUAAAUGCCAUAAGAGAAACUCAUAAUAAAUUACCCCUCGAUAAUGUCCUAAUCCAAGUGGGUUUAAAUACUUCAAAAAACAAACUUUUAGAAUCAAGAUCUGCAAUUGCUAUAAAAUACUCUCAGGAAAGAAAAAGACGUCUAGAUCUAGCCAAAAAAAGAGAAAUCGAAAAACUAAAAAAAAAAGAAUUGGAACAGAAUUUCAUUAAAAGAACUAAAAUAUUAGAACAAGAAAAAAAAAGACAGAUGGAAAAAUUGCUUAAAUUAGAAGUUCAAAAAUCAAAAUCUUUGCAUAGAGAUAACCAUGCCAUUCUCAAUUCAACCAUUAAACAAUCAGAACCAUCUUUUUCUAGCGUAUUAAAUUCCAACUCUUUUAAACCUGAAGACGAAACUUUAUCGCUUUUAAAAAAAAAAAUAAAUUCAAUCAAUUCAACCUCAACUCCUAAGACACCUUAUCUCCCAAAGCAUAAUUUAUUAAAAAAUCUAUCUCAAGUCUUAUCUGCUAACACUAAAUCUACAAUUAAUAACAGAGCAUAUAUUCUUAUAAGUACAAAAUUUUUGCCAAUAGAAAAAGUCCCAAUAAAACUAUUUAAAAAAAGACUAUCUUCAUAUAUGUGGGCUAAAAUUUCGGCUGAGCCAAAUAGGUGUUUUGUAAUAAUAUUCAAUGAUCCAAAAGAAGCAGAAAGGUGUUAUAAAAUGGAAAAUGAUAAAAAAUUGACUAGAUAUCGCUUGAAAAUGGAAUUAUAUCUACCAGAAAAAAAGGUUAUAGAAAAUAAAAAAACUCCAUCAGAGCAAACUCAAUUGAGAGAUCCAAUAUCGGAGGCUACUGAUAUAAUACUAAAAGAAUUAUCUGCCACUUUAAUGAAAAAUGUCAGAGAAAGAUUUAUUGCACCAACAAUUUUGGAAUAUUUGAAGGAUGAUAAGUUCAAAUUAAUGGAAGAAGAUUAUAAAAAGGAAAAAAUCGAAUCACAAAAAAAAAGCAAAUUGGAAAAUAAAGACAAAUCUGUAAAAACAACUUUGACCGAGCCCAAAGAUUCAAAGCGAGAUGAAGCAUCUGAAUUUUAUUCAAUUAUUAGUAAAGAAAAGGUUAGAUUGCCUAUUCUUUCAGGCUUUAAAAUGAAAAAAGCACCCACCCAAAAAAUUAAAGUUUUAGAUGAUUCUGAAAAAAGUUUAAAGUUGAAAAAAAAAUUUGAAAAAAACCAAACCAAACCGAAAUAUGAAGAAAUCAUAUCUUUUAAAAAGUCCGAAAAAACUAUAAUUAAAAAGUCCUUUUCCAAAAACGAAGAUGAAUACGACUAUGAAUAUGAAAAAGAAAAAGAAGAAGAAGAGAAAGAGGAAGAUAAUUAUCGCGAAAAUAAAGAUGAAUUAGAUUCUCAAUAUUUCUCUAGUUCAAGAAAUAGUCCUCAACCUGAAAUUUUAAUUUCUGGUAAAAGAAAAAUUGAAGAUUCUCUCAUGAUUCCAAGAAAGAGAAAGAAACUCCAACAGAGAAUAUUUUCUUCAGAUGAUGAAGAAAUUGAGGAAAAAGAAAUCGAAGAUAUAGAAGAGACGGAGAAUAUGGGGGAUAUAAAAAAUGUGGAAAAAAUGAAAAACCAUUUUAGUUCUGUAGAUGAAUUAAAUUUUGAAUCUACUUUAAUUUCAAAAUCUGAUAAAGAGAAGCAAAAAAUAAACGUGCCACCAAAAAAAUCCAAAGCUAAGAGCACUGAGAAAAAGUCAAAGAAAAAUAAGAAAAAGCUUUUAGAUACCAGUGCCCAAUCAGAAUCCAAAAAGACAAUUUUUAAAAAUUCAGCAACUGUUAAAGAAGUUAAAAAAUAUGAGGAACCUUUUGAAGAACCUGAGAUGAUGGAAGUUGAAGAAGAAGUUAAACAUGAGAGUGAAAAUGAAAAUAAAAAUGAAAAUGAGGAGGAAGAACUGUUUAGUGAUUAUGAAGAGAUUUAUAAACCCGAACCAGGACUUGUUCCCAAAACCGUAUUUCCAAAAAUUGAUCUCAAUACACUAAAACCUACUUUGGAAGACUUUUUAUCAGUUAUUGAUAAUGAAGAAGAUGUAGAGUUAUUAAGAGAAGUGUUUAAAAAUGAAAAACCAUCAGAUGAGUAUGACGAUCCUUUAUAUCAUUUUUGGUUAAAAAAAAAGUCUAUUGAAGAUUGUCGAAGUUCCAGUUGUAUUGUUUCACAACUUAAUCCAAAAACUAAAGAAUUUCUUAAAGAACAAGAAUCAGAGAUUGAAAAUAAUCCAGAUUUGUUGAAUGAUUUGGAGAAUGAUUCUGGAUCUAGUCGAAGUCAAGGUUACAGAAAAAUACCCGAUUCACUCAAGUCAUUAUACUUACCUCAUCGUCGUAGAGUUCAUGGAAAUGAUCCCUUGACAACUAUUCAAGGUGAGGAUGGCAACGAGAUUUCACUGAGAAAUAUCCAAAGUUCUAGAGUAAAUAGAGCUAAUAGCAGAAGAUAUGUUGCAGAUGUUACUGCGACAUUUGAAACUGAUAUAUUGAAAUUGAAUCAAUUAAACAAAAGAAAAAAACCUGUUUCAUUUGCAAGAUCAGCUAUUCAUAAUUGGGGUCUUUAUGCAUUAGAGCCUAUAGCUGCUCGGGAGAUGAUUAUUGAGUACGUCGGAGAAAGUAUUCGACAACAGGUUGCAGAUGUACGUGAAAAACAGUAUAUUAAAUCUGGAAUUGGAUCAAGUUAUCUUUUUAGAAUCGAUGAGCAAACAGUGAUUGAUGCUACCAAAAAAGGGGGCAUUGCAAGAUUUAUUAACCAUUGUUGUCAGCCUAGUUGCACUGCUAAAAUCAUCAAAGUUGAUGGUAAAAAGAGAAUUGUGAUAUAUGCAUUGAGAGAUAUUAAGGCCCAUGAGGAAUUGACUUAUGACUAUAAAUUUGAGAGAGAAUUUAAUGAUGAAGAGCGUAUUCAAUGUCUUUGUGGAUCUGAGGGUUGUAAAGGAUUUUUGAAUUAA